UGUUACAGCCUGCAACUGAAACUGAACCUCAGACGCUCAGAAGCCCUGCUGUCAGAAUUAAAAAGAAGCCUGGACUUACAGCACAAACAUGCGGUUACAUGUAUUUUUUAAAAAAAGUAAUAGUCUUCUUUACAGAAAUAAGAGAAGUGAUGUCUGAGUCUGGCCUACACCUAAAGGAAAACAGAAGAGAAACCAGCAGCUUGAAACACAGUUUAGAUGAGCCUUGUGCUCAGUGCAUGUCAUUUCACUUCUCUGCAGCAGAGUCUGAAGACACCUGUGUUACCUGCUCUGUCUCUCUCUCUGUCUCUCUCUCUCUCUGUCUCUGUCUCACUUCCCAGCCAGUCACUGCACCUGACUCAGCCUGGCACACUGCAGGGGGUCUGAUGAUGGGGAAAAGUGCUGCUUUCCUGCCAGGGCUGCUGGUUUUAAGCGCUGUGCUGGUGACUGCGGAUGGAUAUCGACCCGUCAUUAUAGUUCAUGGAUUAUUUGACGGGCCAAGACAGUUCAUCCAACUGGCCAGCUUUAUCAAUCAUACUUACCCAGGUAUUAAUGUGACUACAGUAGACAUGUAUGAUGAUAUAGCCAGCCUGAAACCUCUGUGGGAACAAGUGAAUAGAUUCAGAAAGGCAGUUGGACACAUCAUGGAGAACGCCAAAGACGGCAUCCAUCUCAUCUGUUUCUCACAAGGGGGUCUGGUAUGCCGAGGAAUUAUUGCCACACUUCCCAAACACAAUGUCCACUCCUUGAUCUUUCUGUCAUCACCGCUGUCUGGCCAGUACGGAGUAACAUCAUACUUGAGGUACGCCUUCCCAAAAUGUCUUAAGCACCUCGUUUAUAAACUGUGCUAUAACUGCUUCGGACAAAAGAUCUCGAUAUGCAACUUCUGGAAUGAUCCACACCAGAGAGAGAGAUACUUGAAGAGCAACAAAUAUCUUGCCCUAUUGAAUGGCGAGAUCAAGCACCCUAAUUUAACAGAGUGGCGAGAACGCUUCUUGGGUAUUAAGAAGUUGGUACUGAUUGGAGGACCAGAUGAUGGUGUUAUUACACCAUGGCAGUCGAGUCACUUUGGAUUCUAUAACAGCAAAGAAACUGUGGUCGAAAUGAAACAACAGGAUUGGUAUCUGAGUGAUGUGUUUGGCCUGAAAACACUAGACUCCAGAGGAGACCUGGUCCAGUGUGUUUUCUCGGAUGUCGAACACACCCGCUGGCAUUCAAACUUGACUGUGUACACAAAUUGCAUAGAGAAGUGGCUCACAUAAGUUACAGAAGUCUUUAUACAUACAUAUGAACCAUGACAUUUGUUGGCAUUCUGCAUUUGCACAUCUGUCUUGUGAUUUAAAAAAAAUGACUGUCUAUGCAUGUAUGUAGAAUAUAGUUUGAAUGACUAUUAACUGAUUUUGAACUUUUUAUUAAUUAUAUUUGUAAUUAAAAUGUAAAAUAAAAAUUUUUUACUGUCGAACAUGCAUAUUGUUUUCCACACUAGACCGUUUUAAGCUUGCUAUAAAAAAAUAAAAAAAUA